AUGGAAGACUUCAAUAAUUCAUCUGUGAACAGAACAGUCGUUGUGGAAGAAUCAUCAACUGCUGCGAUUAUUCUCGUUCUAUCCUCGGCUGUCUUAAUUUCAUGUUUGAGUAAAAUCGUCUUCAUCAAAUUUCUUCACCAUCGAAUCAAUCUUUCAUUUUACAUCGUUGUUCUGCUUUUGGGUUUUGUUAUUGGCACCAUAGCGACACAAAUCAAAGGGCGAUUCAGUGAAGAUGAUUUCCUCCGAGGUGAACUUCAUCUAAGUAAAAUAAGUCCAAGAUUAAUCUAUUACAUAUUUCUUCCGAUUAUUAUCUUUGAUGCAUCAUUCAAUGCACACUUUCAUGUUGUUAAGCAACAAUUGAUCACCACGAUUUUAGUCGCAGGACCCGGCGUUCUCAUUUCGACUGCAUUCAUUUCAUUAUUUGUUGUUUACCUCUUUCCAUCGGAUUAUCAAUGGUCAUGGAUAACUGGUCUUUUAUUUGGUAGUAUUUUAAGUACAACAGAUCCGGUCACAAUCAUUACGAUGUUAGGAGAUUGUGGAGCGAGUCAUUCCUUAUCAUCGUUGAUUGAUUCGGAAUCACUAUUGAAUGAUGGAUUAGUUUUUAUGCUUUUUCCAGUGUUGACUCGAAUUGGUUUAGGUACUUCUCAUACAGUUGCACAGAUCGUUUGUGAUGUUCUUCGAUAUGGCGUUGGCGGAGCUUUGUUCGGUUUAUUCUGUGGUUUUAUAUGUGUAUUUGUCUUGAAUCGAAUUAAUAACGAAUUAAAAAUCGAAAUUACGAUCACAUUUAGUGUGACAUACCUUGUCUUCUACAUCGCAGAUGCUGAAUUGGGUGUUUCCGCAGUGGUUGCAUUGAUGUUUAUGGGCUUAUACAUGGCCAAACACAAAUACUGUAUCAGUAGUAACGUUCAAUUAUCACUCGCUGGUGCAUGGCAAAUCAUCAUUUUUGUUAUCAACAUUCUUACAUUCACUCUAAGUGGCCUAAUUUUAGCACAUACAUUUGUCGGCAUUGAAAAUACGUUGAGCAGUCGAGAUUUCGGAAUCUCUCUCGUACUUUAUUUACUAAUUCAUGUCAAUCGAGCGUUAACAGUUGGUGUUUUGUAUCCCGUGAUCACAUGGAGUGGAAUACAUUUAAAUCGAAAAGAAUGUGUAAUAUUCGCAUGGAGUGGAAUACGCGGUCGACAAGCGUUGAUUCUCGCUCUUUUGGUGUACUUGGAUAAGAAAACUGAACGUGCGACGAGUGAACGAUUUCUUUUCAAUGUUUCAAUGUUGGUUUUAUUAACACUGACAGUGAAUGGAACUAGUAGUAAAUUUCUUGUGAAAAUGCUUGGACUGGAUAAAGGAACACCUGAAAGUCAAACAGUACGUUCUCAGGCAUUAAAACAUAUGAAAAGUCAAACAUCUGACCAGAUCAAGAAAAUGAAAGAUGAUAUUAACUUUGCUAAUGUAAACUGGAAGGUACUUUAUGAUUAUUUACCUGAGAUUUUAAUUGAAGAAGCUGAUGAUGAACAUAACAGGAAUGUUCAUCCACAAAUCACCGUCAAUUCUCGACAAAUCUCGUUUGAUCCCAUACCAAAAUCGCUUUCUGCUUCGUCGAAUCAAUUAAACAACGACCAAUACUCCGAUCUAAUUUCCACAAACAGUAUUUUUCAAUUAGAUCUAGAGAUUGCAUCCAAAGAUCGAUAUUUACUGGAACCAUUCGUUCAACCACGAAGUACAACAGAUUUAAAUACGGAUGAUUAUCAAAUCAAUAUGCGAAAUGAAAUCAUCAAACGCUUUCUCACAGCUAUGGCUGUUGAUUACGAAAAACAAUGGUACCUAGGAAUGAUCCGACGACGAACUCUCAAAGUGUUAAUCGAAACUGUCGAACAAGCUAAGACCAAGAUCUCAUUGAAACGACAUUGGCAAUUACUUGUCGGUCAUUUUCAUAUGCCCUUCUGGUUAAAAUGUUUAAUCAAAUUCGAUAAGAUUGUUUGGCUAAAUCGGCAAACAGAAAAAUCUCUAUUCGAACAUUUGAUACUCACUAUUGAAUUAGCAUUAGCAUUUCAUUCAGCAACAUCACGAUUAGAACAUAUGCUGUUGAAAAUCCCUGAAUUUACCAAUAUCGAUAAUCAUAUCAUAAGCAAUGUUCUCAAUGAUGCGAAGAAACUACAAAUUCGCGCAUCACUCGUUCUCCAAGAUUUGCAAUAUUCAUAUAAGAAAUGUUGGACAGUCGAAAUGACGAAACGUUGCGCUCAAAUGCUUUUAAAAUACGAGUCCGUUGCCAUUAUUCAAUUAUACGAAACGGGAAUGUUAAAUGAAAACGAAUACACACACAUUCUUCAAUUAAUUCAAAAAAAAUUAUUCCAUUUAGAAUAUGGUCACAUCAUGAGUAUACCGGAGACUGAUUUACAUUUAGAACAAGACAAUCAAUUCAAUAAUUUGCCAUUAUUUUUCGAUUUAUCUGAAGAUGAAAAAUAUCAAUUGAAACAGUUAUUAAAAUCACGAAGGAAACUUUUUCAACCAGGCGAGCUUCUCCUUCGACAAGGUCAUAUUACAUCGGAAGCAUACUUAAUCGUACGAGGUAUCGUCGAAUGUUCCGAAGAUCUACUAACAUGUUAUCGAUCAGGUCACAUCAUUGGCGUUGAUUCGUUAUUUGAUAAGAGUUCUUCGACAUCGAAUCGAACGUAUCGAGCUGGAAGUAGCAUCGUUGAAACAUUCGCUAUCGAUCAAUCGUUGCUGAAUAUAUUUUUAUCAAAUUCGAACACACUUCAGUUAAUCUACAAUGAAAUCGCUCUUCAUAUGUUGAUUAGCAUGUAUCAAUAUCCAAUACAUUUGUUAAAUUAUGCACAAAUCAAAGUUCUUUUGGACGAAUAUGCCAUUUUCUAUCGAAUUGAAACUGGACAAGAUGUGUUGAGUAUUCAACUAAAACGCAACGAACGAUUGUUUAUUUUAACUGGUACAAUGCAAAGAGAAGAUGAUGAUUAUUUUAUGGAUGGGCCACAAUUAGUUACUGUUAAUCAAGCGACAACAUUUCAUUGCAAUUCGAAUAAAUUGUGUGUCGUAUAUACGUGGACAUUGGAUAAUGAACAAGAAUGUUUACAAAUUGUACGAUCGUUUACGACGACUUAUCGUUUAUCGGAUUCGUCCGAUGAGAAAGCUGACGCAAAUGUUGUUUAUCCAUCAUUUUCAGAUAAUCCAACGGGAUUCAUACAACAGAAUCAUUCGUUAGUACAGUUUGCACGAUCGGCAACUCAUACGAGUAAUUUUCAAUUGAUUCCCUUGGAAUCAAUGGAUCGAUACUAUGAAAGAACAUAG